CCGAUACAAAGCUUAGAACUUUCACGCUGAGGUAACCUGCUGGCGUGGUGCGCGAAACUCCUAAGAUCAAGAUUGUUUGUUGAUGUGAAGCAGAAGAGGCCGAGGAAGGGCGGGCGUAGCAUUAAUCCCUCACCAUGUCCAUAGAAAUAGAAUCAGCGGAUGUGAUCCGUCUGAUCCAGCAGUACCUGAAGGAGAACAACCUGGGCCGCACGCUGCGAGCCCUGCAGGAGGAGACAUCCAUCACCCUCAACACGGUGGACUCAGUGGAGAGCUUCAUGGCGGACAUCAACCAGGGUCACUGGGACACUGUGUUGAAGGCCAUCCAGACCCUCAAGCUGCCAGACAAGAAGCUCAUUGACUUAUACGAACAGGUUGUCCUUGAACUGAUUGAGCUGCGGGAGCUUGGGGCAGCAAAGUCUGUACUGCGUAACACCGACCCACUCAUCAUGCUGAAGCAGACCAUGCCGGAGAGAUAUGUACACCUGGAGAACCUCAUCGCCCGUUCAUACUUUGACCCACGAGAGGCGUACCCUGAGGGUGUGACCAAGGAGCGGCGUCGGGCAGCCAUCGCGGCAGCCCUGGCUGGGGAGGUGUCUGUGGUCCCUCCCUCCCGUCUUCUGGCUCUCCUCGGGCAGGCCCUCAAAUGGCAGCAGCACCAGGGUCUCCUUCCACCUGGCACGCAGAUUGAUUUGUUCCGAGGCAAGGCAGCCAUGAGGGAGCAGGAGGAUGAGAAGGUGCCCACCCAGCAGGCGCGCUUCAUCCGCUUCCCGCAGAAGGCACAUGUGGAGAGCGCCCACUUCAGCCCCGACGGGCAGUACCUGGUGACUGGCAGCUUUGAUGGCAUCAUUGAAGUUUGGAAUUUCACAACUGGUAAGAUUCGUAAGGACUUGAAGUACCAGGAGAAGGACUCAUACAUGAUGAUGGAGACAGCCGUGCUGAGUCUGGCCUUCAGCCGAGACUCCGAGAUGCUGGCCAGUGGCUCCCAGGGCGGCCAAGUCAAGGUGUGGCGAGUCAACACAGGCCAGUGUCUGCGCAAGGUGGAGAGGGCACACUCCGAGGGGGUCACGUCACUGGCAUUCAACAAGGACAACAGCCAGGUCAUGUCCACCUCCUUUGACAACACUCUGAGAGUGCACGGUUUGAAGUCUGGCAAGACACUGAAGGAGUUUAGGGGCCACUCGUCCUUUGUGAACCAGGCCACCUUCACCCAGGAUGGCCACAACAUCAUCAGCGCCUCAUCGGACGGCACGGUGAAGGUCUGGUCAGUGAAGACAACAGAGUGCAUUGCCACCUUCAAGUCCCUGGCUGGGGUGACCUCCAUGGAUUUGCCAGUAUACUCAGUGCACAUCCUGCCCAAGAACCCUGACCAUAUCGUUGUGUGCAACAGGUCCAAUACUGUGACCAUUAUGAACAUGCAGGGCCAGACAGUGCGUUCCCUAUCUUCUGGUAAGCGAGAGGGUGGUGACUUUGUAGCGUGUGUGGUGUCUCCGAGGGGUGAGUGGAUCUUCUGUGUGGGUGAGGAUCACGUGCUCUACUGCUUCUCCACCUCUACUGGCAAGCUGGAGAGGACCUUGAACGUUCACGAGCAGUCAGUGAUUGGGAUGUGCCACCACCCCCACCAGAACCUGCUGGCUACGUACAGUGAGGAGGGACUCUUGAAGCUGUGGAAACCCUAGACUUAAGGACUGAGUAGGUGAGGUGGUGGCUUGGCUGUAUAUUGACGAGUGCAGGAGUGUUGUAUCAUCUCAUUCUUGUGAUGAAUGGUGGCUUGAGUGGAUGAUGAGGUGAAGAUAGUGGUAUAGAUGAUAUAAUCGUGUAAGAGGUGUAUGUGUUUCAGGCUGAGGUGUUUGAUAUAUAAUGAACUAUGUCUUUUUUUUAUUUGUUUUGAGUUUGUAAGAUUGUUGGAAUAAGAAAAUCAAGAUGAAAAUGAUAGCUGAAGAGUUAGAUUGUUCAGUUUAGCUUUGAUAAGGGGCUAUGUGUCUUUUUUAUAUGUAUAUUGAAUUUAAGAUUGUUAGAAUAAGAAGACUAAGAUGAAAAUGAUGGCUUGUGAAAGUUAGGUAAUUUGUUCAGCCAUAAAAGUUUUGCAUUUGUAAGAUUAUGUAGGAAAAUGAGCAAAAUGAUGGCUAUGAUAGUUGGGUCGUCCCUUCAGCCAGCAUCAGGACAGUACAAAUGAUUCCCCACGUAUGACACUCACCCCGAGAUGCGGCAUUGUAAUAAGGAAUAAGUUUGGACAUAUCUUGCUAUGGAGGUCUUGCAUUUCAGGAGCUGCUCAGACAAAGAAUGUUUUAUUGUGUCUAAUGGUCUGCCUUUUGUGUACUGAACCAAUGUUUUGUGUAAUUUCUCACCUGUAUGUCGUUCUUGGCAGGAAGUGAGGGUUGUAUACAGAACUGCCAGACUUGGACUACAAAUAGUAUAAGUGAAUAAAGUGUGCUCCACUUACA